CUGAAGAAGGGUUCGGCGCAAAAUCUAGACUUGUUUGUGGUAGCGAUAUUGAAUUGUUUUUUAUCAGUGAUGGGUUUGCCGUGGAUGCAUGGCGCGUUGCCACAUUCACCGCUCCAUCUGCGCGCUCUGGCUGAUGUUGAAGAACGCGUUCUGCAGGGCCACGUCCACGAAGUAAUAAUGAAUGUGCGUGAAACGCGGCUUGCAACGCUAAUUGCGCACAUUUUGAUAUUAAUCUCGACAUUUUCUCUGUUGCCAUAUCCAUUGCGGUGGAUACCGACAUCCGUACUGCAUGGAUUAUUCCUCUAUAUGGCACUUACCUCUCUUGCUGGUAACGAAAUGUUCGAACGGUUAUUGCUUCUUAUUACGGAACAGCAAGCGUAUCCUCCAACUCAUUACAUCAGGAAAGUUCCUCAGCGGAAAGUGCAUCUAUUCACUGCCUGUCAGCUUGCGCAGCUUUUAUUACUUUGUGCAUUCGGAUUUUCUCCGUAUCCUUUUAUUGAAAUGGUUUUUCCAAUUGUAUGCUUCUUCUUUUUGCCUAUCAGGUUGGUACCUUAUUAUUUUUCUACGUUAUCCUGCUUUUUUUACGUUUUUAUAUCUUUGAUGGAUGCAAAACGGGUACUGAUGGGAGGUCGAUAUUUAUGCGUAUGUUUAUAUGUGUGCCUGUGUAUGUAUGUUUUGUGA